AUGAACUCGAUUUGUCGCAUUUCUCUAGCCCUUCGACUGUCAUCCACAGCAUCUCCGAGAAUAAAAAGAUCAAUAGACGCAAUCUCAGAACUCGCAAAACCUUUCCUUACGCUGCCUAUCAACCAGUUCGAGCCAGAUAUGUCGUCAGUCAGUGAAAAUGUAGCUGCUGGCACCAAGCGGAAACGCAAUGGAGAGCCAAAGUUCUACGCAGUGAAGAUCGGGUUUCAGCCUGGAAUAUACAACCAUUGGAACGAGUGUUUGGCUCAAGUUACGGGGUUCAAAGGAGCAGUCUUCCAAUCCUUUCCAUCGCGAGAAGAAGCAGAUGCUUUUCUCACAGGCAACAGAGCUCCGUCCCCCCAGGACGGUUCGGCUUCCGCAUGUACGAAAUUUUACGGCAUCCAGAAAGGCAGGGUACCCGGAGUAUACACAGACUGGGCGAAGGCGCAAGACCAAGUGAGAGGGUUCCGAGGACCUCGAUAUCGAAAAUUUUCUACCCGAGAAGCGGCUGAGGCGUUUGUACGGAAUGGCCAGACAACAUCUAAUAAGGAUUCGUUACCGGGGGCACCGGGAUUGAUGGAGGGCAACCCAAAGGACAAUGCUGGCGAUGAAUAUGCUGCAGGAACAGGACCACUUCCGCCUGGUGCGGAGGACGGAUUUGACCCUAACAUUCUACUGGAUCCUACGACUGGAAAGAUAGUGUAUAAAACACCUGAACAAAAGCAGGAGAGGAAGAUCCAGCCUAAGCCUUCCGGGCCGCCGGGCAUGCUGAAGAUUUACACUGAUGGAAGCGCUUUGAGGAAUGGAACGUCUCAAGCUAGGGCUGGUGUAGGCGUUUACUUUGGACCAGACGACGAAAGCAGAAAUGUUUCGGAACCCCUUGCAGGAAGCCGUCAGACCAAUCAACGGGCUGAAUUAACAGCCAUCUCUCGGGCACUUGAUAUAGCGCCCAAGCACCGCGAUGUCACAAUCUUUACUGAUAGCAAGUACUCGAUCGACUGCGUCACUGUAUGGUGCAUAAACUGGCAACGGAAUAACUGGGUAACCUCGACUCAGAAACCAGUCGAGAACAAAGAUCUCAUUCAAGCUAUCCUGUCUAAGAUCGAAGAACGCAAAUCGCUAAAGGUCAAGACGUUAUUUGAAUGGGUAAAAGGGCAUAACAAAGAUGCUGGCAACGAAGCUGCUGAUCGGUUAGCUGUUAAUGGUGCGAAUAUGGAGGACGUGAAGACUGAGGAGUUGUCUGAGAGUGCCGAAAGCGCGAAACACAGAAGCAAGGCCAAGAGUUGA